UUUAUGCAGCAACUUCUAAUAUGCACUCUUUGUUAGGUGUUCCUGAUUUCUUGCAUUUGUACUUGAAAUUGCACUAUUUCGUCGUUGUCUUCACGGAGGAUAGGGUUUGUGAGAUAUCGAGACUGAGGAGAGUCGGGUAUAGGAAGGGAGAGGGAGAACAUGUCAUGACCUGCAAGUUUGGUGUCUUCUACUUUUGCUUAAGAGGGUUUCCUAUCGUCCGUUGUUCAGAGAAGGAUUUAUGUGGAUGUCUCUCCCAACCAAUUGCAAAAACGGGGUCUACCUUCCUAGAGCCAGUCCAUAAAGGCCAAGGGAAUUGUGACUCUAGGUUACAGUUACCAAGUCGAAAAAGUCAUUUCUGA